GUAGCAGAUGCAACGAGCCGUCGAUAGAAGAAGCACUUUUGGCGCCUGCAGAAGGAACUGAAACUCUUUCUGUAAAUAUCCGCGUCAAGUCUCGCUUCGUUUCGACCUCUUCAACCAUCCUUGCCUGUGUUACAGAGCCUUUUGGCCGAUGACCUGUCAGCUGCUUGUCUCCAAGUACUGUUUGAUAGCUCGAGAGGGGUAGUCAGUCAACUGUAACGGGAUUUUUGUCUUAUUUUACCGGCGGUCCACAAGCCGCAGAAUACCAGACGUCGUUUCUGCGCCGCCCUGCAAGCCGCAAUUCGGUCAACGGACUAAAACCCGCAUUUUCAUAUCACAUCAUGUCCACCUCGCAGUAUCUCCAAGAUCUCAACAGGGAUGGGUUUGUGGUCAUAAAGUCAAUCGUGAGCAAGGAUAAGCUCGAUGCUCUCCGUGAGGUCAGCUCAAAGGCUACUCAGCUUGCUCGUGAAGGGCAAUGGCCUUAUGGUACAGCCCCUUGACUGCUGCUCUAAAUAAAUAUUCUCCUAAUAGUUUGCAGUACGGACUGUAGGAAAACAAUUCCCACCAUGGGAUGCCAAUCAGGCACGCGAGCAUGGAAUAUGGGGUGUCCAACAUCUCAUGAACCCUGAUCUCCCUGGUCAUGAGCUUUUCACAGAGCUGUACUUUUCUGAAGCCAUUCUCGGCAUUGUGAAGCAGCUGCUGCAAUGCCAAGACGAGCAUCUCGUGAUGGAGCUGUUCAACAUGCUUGUCAGGCCAGAAAGGGAUUUUGAGUUGAGGUGGCAUCGUGAUGAUAUCCCCGCUGAGGCUAGCGAGGACGAGGAGAUGGAGCGUCUUGGCAAGCAUGCCUACCAUGCUCAGUAUAACUUCGCUUUAUGGGAUGACGAUUCUCUCAUUGUCGUGCCUGGCUCGCACAAGCGCGCUAGGACCUCCACUGAGCGAAACGCAGAUCCCUUUGCCAAGUCCAUGCCAGACCAGCUCAUCGUCAAGCUGCAGCCCGGCGAUAUUGUCUUUUAUAACAAUAAUAUUCUGCACCGCGGGGCUUACAGCAGCAACAAGGAGCGCAUGACACUACACGGCUCCGUUGGCCAUGUGCAGGGCAACACUCUACGAGCCAGGAACGUUCUACAGCAUGGAAUUGGUAACUGGGUUGACAAAUGUGUUUUGGAGUCGCUCCCAGAGCAAGAUAGGCGCAGGGCCGACGGCAUGAGACAGCGUCUAAUCCAGCUUGGCAGUGAGAGCGGUCAAGUUGGUUACUCACUUCAAGGCUGACCAUGAGAGGCUGAGAGGAGCGAGGCCGGCACUCACGCUUUUUGAUGUCGUUGCUUGGAUAUGUCAAUGCACAAGAAGUAAGGUACAUCCUGUAGCAAAUUGAAGAAACCAAAAGCAGCAGCGUGAUAUUGAGCAUGGCCUGGCGAAUUGCAAUUCUCCUUCUGGUGCCGAGAGUCUACUGACCAGGAGACGCAAGAAAGGAAAAACUCAACGUCUUGAAGCUCAGAAAAGUUUAGUAUAGUUUCGUUUGAGCUGAGAAGGCUCCCCAGCUAGUGUCGGCACCACCAGGCACGAGCUUGAACAGUGAACAAUGUCCUGAUCAGACACAAUUCACACCAUUGCCAGUGUUAUCAGUGUCAACAAAUCUUGAUGGUUUCUCACCUCCUUUUCAGUGUUACCGAUGCUGCACUUCGACAUUGCGAUACGACAGCAAAGGAAGCACAUACGAGUAACCAACUCUGCCCCGGCACGACCGAGGUUAUCACGAUAUUGUCCGGAACAAAGACCGACUUCCCGAUGAUAUCUAAUAAGUUGCAGCACCCAAUACAGAUGCGUUUUUCCUAGGCUGUUUCUCAACCCCGCAUUUGCACCCGGAUCGAAGUGGCUGCCACCUCGUGCAAAUCGUUUGGGGACCCCGGAUUUUGGAAGCUCAGUCAGAUCAAGGAGCUCAAAGUGUUGGGCCGACUCGAGUUGAUGAGUGGUCCCGGGAUGAUGUAACUAUCAUUGCAUUCGGCGAGUCAGGUACUCAUGUGUUUAAAUAGGCUUGGAUCUAUUCAAUAAGUGCCAAGUUAGUAUACUGCACCGUAGCCUUAUCAUCAAACCUUCUUUUCCUGGACUCGGUAACAUCCCGGCGGAAUGAAAAGGAUGGGCUCGGCUCAUACGCGGUGUGGAACGAAGGGUCAACCGGCUCAACCCCACGGGGAAAUUGUCUUUAACGCGGGGGUAAUAGACAGCCCAAAGGACAAUUCGAGUGGCAGCAUCAAUCAUCUACUCUAGCGGUCUGCACCUGCAGGGGGUAGAGUGCAGACUGACUGACUGACUGAAUGCUUGCAUGAUUGGGGGCAGACAAUAAUCAUGGGGCACAAGGUGCCCAGAAUGAGGCCGGCGCCUCCAUGAGCUCAAGAUCCGAUACAAAGAGGCCCGGCUGCCCAUGCUGGCCUGGUGAACGACUGACUCUAGUUGAGCUUGAUGAGUACUGUAGAUGAGCAAGGUCAUGUCUUCUGAGCCUGAGCCGGAGCCUGGGCCUGGGUGCAAGAUCCAAGGUCUAGACUACCCCACACGCACUGACCAUCAAUCCCCGCACCUCCACAGAUCCCAGCACUCGCUUGUCUGAUCUCAAAACCUCCACUACCUACGGAGUACAUAGGUAUCUAUUAGUUACUAUUAGCAAAUACCACAACCACCUACCGAACCUAUACUGUGUAUCCGAACUUGGCAAAUGUGCCCGGGAGAAUUUCUAAAAAGGACGAUUUAAGCGCAUCCAGGGGGGAGGCGAAAUCGGUUCCGCCCUCAAAGUCGGCGAUUCUGUUGUCUCUAGGCGUGCUGGUGCUUGCUGACAGACAACGCGAGGCUGGUUGGCGUUGGACAACCAAUGGCGAUACGGCAUCAUAUUCCUGUCUCAACAAAGUGGGAGAGAAGACACUCAACACGUCGGGUUCAGCAGGGACCCUGGACCUUGAUUGUAGGCUGAUCACCACAUUCUUGGGGGUGUUGUAGAAAGCAUCGUUGCAGCUACGUAAAGGCAGGCAGGUCUAGGACGGAAGUGGAGCCGACGGGGGAAGAGAGUUUGGAAAGAGUUGGGAAUUUUCUUCUCGCUUACAAUGCAGUUGGAUUGUGUUAGUCAUUUUAGUCAUUGCGCAACAGAGCGGGCAACUCCCUUGAAUUCCGGAUCUCCAAGCGUGUUUCUCGUAGAUCUAUAAAAAGCCGCACCU